CAUGGAAAUUUCAGUAGGAAAUAUUCAACUUUUAUGUACUAAUGACCCGUACCAUCAAGUCUGGAUAGUUCAAAAUAAAGUAUGUUCCACUUUAUUACAGCUUCAUUAAAGAGAUAGGUUACAUUCUGAUGGUAAUAUAAUGAUAUAAGAAGUUAACUGGUGUCCCGUUUAAACCAUAUAAAUACCAGUUCAGACAAUUAGAAACCGAAAAUCUGAACUGAACCAAUAUUAUUUUUUCACUAGUGUACAUUUUUACGUUCUUGUGUAAUUUGCAUUAAUCAGCAACAUCCGCAUUUGUCGUAAGAAAAGGAAAAUAGCCAGUUUACCAGACAACAAUUGUCAAUAACAACGAAUACUUGUCCCAUUCAAACACACGACCGGUCUCUAAUUUAAGUACUUUAGAUUGAAAAUUCCAGUUUAACAAAUUAUACCUUUUAUAUGAACUCCCUUGCCCCUUCACUUUAAGAGCCAAGUAAACAGUAAUAAUUAAUUGAUAUUUAAUCUCUCAGCAAGGGAAACUGUAGCAAAGACAGAUAAAGACAGCGUCAUGGUAACAGCUAUUCAGAUCCGGUGUACACACUGGCUUCAGGCAGCUUUGGGAAGCUACCUGCAUCGUUAAGCCUCCUGGUGGGAGGCCGAUGCAUUCUCAUUAGUAUCUCCUGGGUAGAAGUCUUAUACAGUAUCAGUGACCUCUGUGAUGAGUUAAUGGAGCUGUCUGAAAAGGUGACUAUCCUUCACAGGCUGUGAAAACUGCCCUUACAAUCCCAAGUGAUAUGCCAAACUAAUUCAAGUAGGUAGCUGGGUCAGCAUGUGUAGGCUGCAAAGGAACAGGUUAGGUGUAUUCCAUGCAGAAAGAGAAGAAAGGAAACAACGUUUCGACUGUGGAGCCUUCUUCUGGUGUGAGCCAAAAUAAUUGUCAUGUAUACUUUGUAGGCUUCUGUCUUAGGAAAAGAAAUAGGCAGACAGGGUUCAAAUAUGUAUGACUCACUUUGCCCAAGAAAUGUCUGUUGUCGUAGUACCCAAAAAACCUUCACAUGUUAACAAAUUAUUUCAGAUGAUGCGGUAACCACAAAAAUAUUAAUAUAAAAGUCUAAAAUGGCAUGGUUAAAACAAGCUCAAGCAGAGAACGAACAGUGUUAAGUUUUAUAAGGUGUAUUGUAGGACCCAGGGCAGAGAGCAGGGGGAGGGCCAUGUGGUGUGUAGGUUCAGGUUAUACAGGAGCUUCUGAAUAGCAGUGCACCACAGAGCACAAGCACAUUCAGACAUGCACAGAUCAUACCAGCCCCUUCAGCCUUCAACUAACAAAUACCUGCAGAAGAAAUGGGACCAAGCCAGGUACAACGAGCACAGGACAAAGGUUCACACAGCCAGGCCAGUAGUGGACACCAAGGGCCCCACAACGCCUGCCCAUCUACAGGUGAAGCUGAAAAAACUGCAGCUCGAGGAGGAACGUUUGGCCACCAUUGAGAGGGACAAUCAGAUCCUAUCAUCCAAGCUGUCGGAUAUCAUGAGGUCAAAGGGCUGGGUUGACCACAGGAAUAACUUCACAGAGAGAAGCCUGAACGCAGAGAAGAGGCGCUUGGAGUUGCUGCAGGUGACCCAGGAGAAUCGGGCUCUCCUGGAGCGCAUCACAGCACGCAAGUCCGAGUCCUGGCGUCAGCGCUGGGAGGAAGACUGGGAGAGGACAGAGAGGCUGCGCGAUGACAUCGCUCGCUACCCUCGUGGAGUCACCAGCCAGCAGAAAAACAAAAGGAACGUUAAGCUUCGGGGAAGUCAGGAGAUGAGCAGAGAACCUGGACCAAGUGAACAGUCCACAGAAACACACAGCGAACAAGGAGACCAAUAGCCAAAAGCCUUUUAUACAGUAGGUUGUGCCUAAAGCUCAGAUUUCUAAAUCCUGUGAAUGCUUUGAACAUGUAUGAGAAACAAACCGGAUACUGAUGUUAACUGUACAUUAGGUUAUGAUAAAAAGUACUGUGCUUCUGUCAAAUGGAAGGUGAUGUAUACUGUAACUCUUUCCCAUUCAAAUGACAGAAGCCCAUCCAGUUGAUUCAUGGAAAAAUCCAAGGUGAGCUUCAACAUUUAAUCAGCAUCUUCCUACAUUUCCACAAACCUUUUGUGCCUCUAGUUCUGUUAAUUUCCCCUUUACGCCCUCCAAUUCAUAUUUUACUGUCGAUUGUGAAAAAAGUCAACUUGAUUGACUUUGUCAUACUCCAUCAUGAGACUAUUAAGGUGCAGGGCACUCCUUUGAACCCAGGAAUACACUCUACAACCUUACAUGUAACACAUCAAAUACCCUUUAUACAGAAACUAGACCUGAAAUUGCUACAGUAAAGUACUGAAUGAGCAUGUACAGAAACGUGAAUGAGGGGGGGGAAACUAAGUCUUUUGAAUAAAUGCUAAUGGACAAUCCAAUUCAUUUGACAACCUUAAAUGUCUCGAAUUGUUCCGUUUCUUGGAUUUGAUUAAAUGUUGCAUUGAAACAUCAGUUAAGUGUCCUGCAGGAAGUGUUCAAAAGGGAAACGACCAAUUAAAAAAGAACAUGGAUAAC